AUGUACUUGACUAUUUCGACAUUUCUAAGUCCUCUGCAUUGUCUCUAUUCUUCCAUAUUCAUCCCCCCUCGUCUGUCCACCCUUUUUUCCAGUCUUCUUUCUCCUCCUCCCUUCUUUCCAGUCCUCUUUCUCCUUCUCCCUUCUUUCCAGUCCUCUUUCUCCUUCUCCCUUUUUUCCUUCCUCUUUCUCCUUCUCCCUUUUUUCCCCUGUCUUUUUCCUCCUCCUCCCUUUUAUCCCAUCCGCUUUCUUCUUCUCCCUUUUAUAACCUCCUUUUUCUUCUCCCUUUUUUCUCCAUCCGCUUUCUUCUUCUCCCUCUUCCUGUUCUCUUUCUUCUUCUCCCUCUUCCUGUUCUCUUUCUUCUUCUCCCUCUUCCUGUUCUCUUUCUUCUUCUCCCUCUUCCUGUUCUCUUUCUUCUUCUCCCUCUUCUCGUCCUCUUUCUUCUCCCUUUUUUCUCCAUCCUCUUUCUUCUUCUCCCUCUUCUCGUCCUCUUUCUCCUUCUCCCUCUUCCCAUCCUCUUUCUCCUUCUCCCUCUUUCCGUCCUCUUUCUUCUUCUCCCUUUGCCUGGCUCUACUCGCUCUUCUCAUCCUUUUUCUUGCUUUCCACUCCUCUCUCUCUCUCUUUGCCAAUCCUUUUUCUUCUUGUUUACUUUCUUCAUCUUUGUCCCUUCUUUACCUGCCUUUCUUCUUUAUUCCUUUCUAUUUGCUUUAUUUUCCUCAUUUCUUCACCUCCUGCUCCUUCCCCACUCUCUCCCUCUACAUGCCUUUUUUUUUUUUGCAUAUUUAUUCAUUUUCUUUCUAUCCUAACCUUUUCUUUUGCUUCAUUUCUUCUCUCCAUUUCCCUUCUACCUUCUUUUGCUUUCUUUGCUUCUUCUCUUUAUCCUUCUCUCUUUCUCUCCACCUCUAUCACAUUUUUUCUUUUUUUCAAUUCUCUUUGUAUCUUCCUUCACCUACUUCAUUUCUCCUAAUCUUUCUUCCUCAUCUUCUUUUAGUUUGUUUCUUCUCUUACUUUUUCUAA